UCGCGCCGCCGGCCGAGCGGCGCCGGCCCGUUCGAGUGCUCGCAGUGCGGCAGCCGCUUCGCUUCGCAGCGUAACCUGACUCGCCACGAAAGUUCGCACUCGGAGCGGCCGCGGCUGGAGUGCGAGGUGUGCGAGCGCGCCUACACGCGCCUGGACGCGCUCGUGCGCCACAGCGUGGAGGCGCACGAGCAGCGGCGCCAGUUCCCGUGCCCCAAGUGUCGCUGGCAGUUCACGCAGCGGCGCAUCCUCGAGUAUCACGUGCGUCGCCACGAACGUGAGCAGACGAGUCGGGCCGGCCGGCCGCCGCGGCCGCACCGCUGCGCCGCCUGCCGGCGCGGCUUCGCCGACCCGGCGGAGCUGGAGGCGCACGUCUGCCGCGCCGCCGCGCACGGCCAGAUGUACAUCUGCGACAUCUGCGGCAAGCGCAUCAAGACCAAGGUUUGGCUGAGCCGCCACCGGCUGCUGCACGACGCCACGCGGCCGGCCAAGUGCGACACGUGCGGCCAGGGCUUCAUCGACGACAAGGCCCUGCAGAAGCACGCGCGCACCCACACGGAC